AUGUUUCCUGCUGGAUCUAGUACACAACAGCGUAUGUGGCCAAUGGAAAAAUGGGUUGAGUUAGCAAAGCAAGUGUAUGACGAAUAUGGUUUAAAGGUAUGUUUAACUGGUGGUAAAGAAGACAUAGAAGUUGCUGAAGAUGUUGUAAAUAAAGUUCGUGCCUUAAAUGUAAAUAUAAUUUCAAUGGCUGGAAAAUGUUCUUUGAAUGAAACUAAGGAAUUAUUAAGCAGAUCUAAAUUACUUGUUUCUGUUAAUACUGGAGUUAUGCAUAUGGGGGCGGCAGUUAAUAUCCCAUUAGUGGCACUUCAUGGUGCAACCAGUGAACUUAGAUGGGGACCGGUUGAUGAUAAUUCUGUAGUGAUAAAAAGUGGUGAAGCAUGCCAGCCGUGUAUAAGUUUAGGUUUUGAAACAGAAUGUGAUAACCCUGUAUGUAUGGAAAAUAUAACUGUAGAUAUGGUCAUGAAUGGGAAUGCACAUGUGUUAGUAGUUGGUGAUGUAAUGCUUGACCAAUAUUUUUAUGGAAGUGUAUCAAGAAUUUCACCAGAAGCACCAGUACCAAUAAAUAGAAUUGAACGUCAGGUAGAUACUUUGGGUGGUGCUGCAAAUGUUGCGCAUAAUCUUGCUAAGCUCGGAUGCAAAACAUACCUUGCAGGUAUAUCGCCUAAUGGAAUGAUAACAGGAAGAGAAAAAACAACAACUAAACUCAGAGUUCUUGGUGGACAUCAGCAGAUGCUAAGAAUGGACUUUGAGGAAACAGAACCUAUAUCUGAAGAAUACGAAAAUGAUGUACUGGAGUAUGUAAAGAAUAAAAUAGAAAAUAAUAUUGAUAUAGUUAUAAUAUCUGAUUAUGGAAAAGGAUUAUGCACUAAACGAGUUUGCAGUAGCAUCAUAAAUAUAGCACAUGAUAAAGAUAUUAAAGUAUUGGUAGAUCCAAAAGGUACAGAUUGGGAUAAAUAUAAAAAUGCUGAUUUUGUAACACCUAAUGUAAAAGAGCUGGGUGACGUAGUAGGAAAAGUUAUAAAAAAUGAUGAUGAUAAUAUAACAGCAGCAGUAAAGAAUGUACGUGACAAGUAUUCAAUAACUGAUGUAAUGGUCACUCGAUCAGAGAAAGGAUUAAGUUUAUAUGUCGGUGAUGAGAUAAUAUCAAUUCCGACUGUAGCACAGGAAGUAUUUGAUGUAUCUGGUGCAGGUGAUACAGUAAUAUCUAAUUUUGCGACUGCGUUAGCAUGCAAUUUGGACUAUGAAAAUGCUGCAUAUGUAUCUAAUGUGGCUGCUGGUGUUGAGGUCGAAAAAAUAGAAUAUGAUGCUACUAAAGAUGUUCUUAGUGAUGAAUAUAUAAUAAAAGAUAGGUGGUAUGGUGAUGAGAAAUAUUCUAAAGAAGGAGGUGGUAUCUAA